AUGGAAAAUAUUAAAAGACUUACAAAAGAUUUGAGACAUAUCAAUUUUGAAUACUUUCAACAGUUUGAAUGGAAUAUUAAAUUAAAAACCGAAUGUCAAAAAUGUUUAGAUUUUAUUGUUUUGUCUAAAACAUCAUUAAACCCAAAUUUUGUUUUAAAUGAAAAGUCUUUUAAAGAGAAAUGUAAAUUUAUAAUUGAAAAUCUACAGAGUAAUUUAGUAAACGGUUUAAAAUUAAAUAAAUAUUCGGACGAAGCCAAACAAAUUGAGGAGAUAUUUAAAUUAUUAAAAAAAGUUAAAGAGCUUUUAAAUAAAAAAAUUACAAAAACAAAUUUAAAUAAAUUGUUUGAAAAUUUAAAUGAAGCAAUUAAUUUAAUUGAUAAUACAAAUCCAAUGAUUGCUUAUUUUAAAGAAUUAAAGACAAUUGAGGAACUUGCAAAGUUUAGGGCUGCACGUAUUUUACAGUUUUGGAAAGAGUCUAGAAAAGUAAUUUUUAAUGAAAAAGAAAAUAUACGACAAGUCGAGAUUCUUGAUGAAAUGGAGAAAUUAAUUUAUGAAGAGAAUGUUAAAGAAUUUGAUGAACGAUUGGAAGAUAAAUAUGAACUUUUGUUGAAGAAUUGGGAAAAAUUAUUUUUCGAAGAAGAAAAGGAAAAAAAUAUUUUUUACAAACAAAUAUUGCCUGAAAGUGAUGAAAUUAAAAAGAAAUUUGAAAAUUCUGGUGAUCUAUUUGUUGGAUAUUGUUUAACUAAAAGAAUUGAAAAUUCAUUCAAUAAAGAUGGAACUGUGAAGAUUUCUGAAUUUUUGAGUAAUGGUGCUGGACAGGAAUAUGGAUUGGAAUUGAGUGAAGUUUUGGGGCAAAAACGUAUUGAUAUUGGGUAA